CUGUGAACAGAGCAUUUUGUACAAAUAUCGCUUUUGGUUCCUUCAAGGAUUUCCUUUUAAUAAACCCAACCAUAAGUCAGAAAAAAAAUUUAAACAUACAUCUAGAAAGAGCAUGAAAUGCUGAUUCUAGUAGAGUACUUUUGAUUCUCUCGAAUCAGUUAUAAAUGAUUGAAAAUUGAUUAAACAUUUAGUGCAAACAUUUUGGCAACAAGUGUAAAAAAAUCAUCAUUUUAUAAAACGCCACUGAAACUAGUUUUUUCCAGGUAGAUAUAAUAAAGUUUUGCUUUUGUACUUACUGUGUUCCACUUUAUUUUUCGAACCUUGAUAACUGAUUUGAUCAACGGUAGUUUUUAAGUGCAAAUGUCUAACCUUUCCAUUAUAGUUUUAAAAGAAAAGAAUAAAGCGCAUUAGUUUAUUGUUCGAUUAAUAUUGACGAUUUUUCCUCAAUUCGUCAUUAAUCACUUAAGAGGAUAAGAAGUUUAAAAAGCUGAGAGCUACAUUCUUAUUGCAAAAUUCAAGUCAUCUAUAUAGAAUGUUUUGAUAAUACUUAUUAAAUAUAGUAUCGCAUCUUACAGUAAAGUGUAUAAACAGCAAGUUUUUUCUAUACUACAAACGCGUUUAAAUUCCAGUGCCUUGUUUACAACGAUCCAGAACAAUGAUCACUGCAUGCUCUCUCUACUACUACAAAAAGAUUAUAAUAUUUUUCUUUGUUAGUAAAGAAUUUCGUUGACAAGUAAAUAGAUGUCUUAACAAUAGAAAAUACUUUAAUUCUUUGUUUUAAUCUUUUCUAGUCUGUUUUCCUCUUACGAAUAACUCGUCCAUGCGAGAAGAAAGCGUGACAGUAUAUGAAAUAAUUUCCUUUUUCUAAUCUAGGUCUAUCGUCUUCUUUAGAUACUAUAAAUAGUUCGUACAUUCAACAGAUUCUUCAUCCGUUUCAAACAUUUACAAAGCUUAUUACUGUUUAUUCACUUUAAAUCAGUUUUUAUUAUAUACAUUAUUCGGUAAGUUAAUUGUUUUAGAUUUUACACUUGAGCAUACAUAGACUGUCAAAAAAGAACGAGAAUCAAUGACAGUCAAACCUUUUUUUGGUACUUAUAUGUAGAAUCAUUAGGUCCAACAAUAUUAAAGUAAUCAUUAGUACAUUUUUACGUGUUUAGACUCAACAUUUUUCACAUUAUUUCAUUAUGUUUGCCAAAUUAUUAUUAAUCGUUUUGCUGAUCGCAGCUUUACUUGCUACUGUUGCUAAAGCACAAUGGGGAUUUGGAUAUCCAUAUGGUGGUAUUGGUUACGGUCUUUAUGGCGGUUACGGUCUUUAUGGUGGUUACGGUACUGAAACAGGGUUAUUUUUGAUAAUUAUGAAUUUUGAUAAUCGAAAUCAUGAUUCUGGCUAUUUCAGUCCAAGUCCAGACUCUGAAUUUUCAUCAACAAAAAUACCAAUCAAACAAAUGAAACGAAAUUUAAAUAAGUCAAAGAAUUAUGAUAAUAGACAAAAUGAUGGGGAAGACGAGAUGAUUAAUGAAAAAGAAAAGCCAAAUGAAUCAUAUGUGGCACUCAUUGCGCGUGCUAUAUUAGCUAGCCCUGAAAGACGUUUAUUAUUAAACGAUAUUUAUGACUGGAUAAUAGAACAAUAUCCAUAUUAUGGAAAAUUGACAGGCAAAGCCUGGAGAAAUUCAAUCAGACAUAAUCUGAGUCUCAAUGAAUGUUUUGUACGAUUGAAUAAAGCAGAAAAUGGUCGAGGUUGUUAUUGGGGUAUACAUCCAGCUAAUGUUGACACAUUUGAGCAUGGUGACUUUCGUCGACGUCAAGCCCGAUUACGUGCAAAACGUUCUGUUGUUGAUCUAACAAAAUAUCCAAAUGAAACAUCAUUUAUGUUACAACAACAACAACAACAACAACAAGAACACUAUUUAACACCAACGAUAAACUUUUUAAAUUCAUCAUCAUCAUAUCUAAACUACAAUACAAUCUAUAGUCCAAGUUCACCAUUGACAACCAAUGAAAUAGAUAGAACAUUACCCUAUCAACAAGAUUCAUCAUUUUUAAGUAACCCGUUUACAAGUACAUCAUAUUCAUUUUUGUAA